ACCCCCCUUGCCCCAGCUCCUACCUCCCCAACCAAUAACCAUCCCAAAAACAAAAACAAAAAAAAUGGCCUCUAUGGUUUUUGCAUCAUCACCUUUGAGUGCUCAAUCACUUGUCAAACUAAGAACAAACUCAAAUUACCCUCGUUCUGCAUGUUAUGUUCCUUUACACUCCAAGACAAAUACUUAUGUACAUUUAUCCUACAACAUUUCUCAUAUUGAGUCUUCCAAAUCUUCAUUUACCAAGGGUGAUGGUUUCUCUAAAUUUUCAUUGCUAAAAUUUCCAAGAGUUGCUUCAACAUUAUCUCCAUCUUUGAAUAUUAUUAAAGCCAGCAUCGGUGAUAUAGAUGGUGACUGCAUAUAUCAUUUUUUAGCACGCAAACUCGAAAAGAAACAAGAUUCUGUAGAACCUAUACCUAUCUUCCUCAGUGACUACACAGGGAAGGUUCUGCUAAUUGUUAAUAUUCCUCAGCAAGG